AUGGAUAUCCUGUUCCCCCCUGAAGUGCUGCACCUGAUCUUUUCGCACCUGCCGUCAUCAGAAGCGCGGUCUGUACGACGCUGUUCCAAGACCUUUGCGGAUAUUGGUGCUUACCAUGGCUUCAAAAAGAUCAGCUUAUUUCUCUGCCGGGCUGACUUCAUGAAACUGGGUGCUGUGGCUGAUCACCCUAUCAUCAGCAAGAGUGUCAAAACACUCGUUUACAAUGCCGCCAACCUUAUGGAGCCAGCGUUGACUUUGGGAGAAUAUAUCGAAAGAACCAGCUCCCCUGCAUUCCGCCCUCAAGUCGAAAUUACUGAGCCGAACUGGCUUCCUGAGACAGCAUUGCUGAAGGAGCGGCUACGGACCUUUGCCUUCUCUACCUUCUCUGAACGAGAGCGGAUAUCCGCCGAGGACAUUGCUGAGAAUUAUGCCCAGUACCUCAAGGCUGUCCACGAACAACGCCGUAUCCUGGCAACCAAAGAGGAUUUCGUCUUGUUCAAAGACACCCUCCCAAAGCUGACCACUCUACGAAGCAUCGUGGUAUUCAAUCACGCUUGGUAUACGGGUGACACCACCCCAAAGUCGCCGUUCGAUGCGUUCUUCUGCUACAGUCUAAUCUCGCACGAGCCACAUGGAGCUCGGCAAACGGAAGCAAUACUGCACGGAAUCAGGGACUCGGGUAUAGAGCUAGACCACUUCAAAGCUGGUGUCCUCGACUUAGGCUUAAUCGGAAGACCAUUCUUCGACGGGAUCCGUGAAUCCUGCCGGAAAUUGAGGAGGAUUAAUCUGGUCUUUGACGUUGUUGACCCCGUAUUUGACGACGGACCUGAAGAUACAGGCAGGUAUGUCAGAAGAGCCCGCGAGAAGGUCGAUACAGGCGUCAUUGCACAUUUUCUCAAGUCUAUUCCUAGCCUGUCCGAGAUAUAUAUCGGAUUCAGCAUGUCAAAGGGGUCCGUGACCAUGCGCGCGGGUUAUCCCGCCGAUCUACCCCGUGUCUUGGUACCCGGAUUCAGAUGGCAUGAGUUGCAGCGCAUUGGUCUGGUUGGUAUCGAAACCGAGCGGCAGGACAUGAUGGCAUUUUUCGAGCUGCAUAAGGAUACACUCCGAUCUGUUACCCUCCGCAAUUGUCAACUCAUCAGCACCUCCUGGACUCGACUCUUCCGGCAGAUGAAGAACUCGCUGAAGCUCGAAGACUUUCAUGUAUCGGGCAAACUCAGGGGUCUGCCAGAAGCGGAAGAAGAUUACCCAGGGGAAGACAUUGAUAUUAAUGAUGAGGGCCCGGGCGCGUCGAAUGAGUGGUUCUGGCUAGGCGAUCUUGCGACCGAAAAAGACUCUCUAGCUAGAGAUUUGUCGUCUUGGUUCCUUCGUGAUUCAGCGUAUCCCUUGACUCAACUUUUCAUGGAGGACCCCGGACGAUUUACCUGA